AUGACCGGGGAAAAGAUUCGCACGUUGCGGAAAGACCAUAACAAGCCUAGUAUUAAGGAUGGGGAUAUAAUGGAAACCUAUGAUGAAUCUACAAAUGUGACAAUGUCAUCUCCAACCCCCAACGGUACCAUCAUCAUGUACAAAUCAAACAAGAACCAUAACAAGACGGUGAAACCUUUGGUACUGCAGCAGCUGUCGAAUAUCAAUGCAAACAACAUCAAUGGCAAUCAAUCAGUUGUCGCCAUCAUCGAUGACAAUAACAAGAACCCCAUCAUUCUGACCAAUGGCAAUGAGGACUUGAAUUUGGAAUUCCCUGUUCACGAAUGUGUGUUCAAAGGAGAUGUGCGUCGCUUGUCCUCACUCAUUCGGACCCAGAACAUCUCCCAGAAAGAUGUACAUGGUGAGUGUGCAUGGUAACCCUUACCCAUUCAUAGACGCUAACUACCUUUAGCGCCUAUUGAUGAUAGAAAGUAUCUUCUGUCCAGGGGAGUUUUGUUAAGAGGCCCGAACGCUCGUUGUGAUCGUUAAAAUGCAUCGCUUGCUGUGUGGUUUUGGAAACAUAAGUAACUUAUCUUUCAUGUCAGCAAUAAAUGAUUGUCAAAAAACAAAAGGAUCAAUUACUACACACCUUUUUAAUAAGGUUAGUGUUCCCACACAGCCAUAUCUCCAUGUUACAGCACUUGUUUAUGGAAGACCAUAGGCAGCCACCUGGGCUUCAGCUAUCUUGCAUGCUCUGAAGUGUUGCCAACUCCUCAGUAAGGAAAGUAACUAUUGGCUGUCCUAAAAGUCGCUAGAAGUUUAAUAACUUGCAUAAUUGCCAAUGUGCAUGUAAGUGUGAUGGACGCUGUAGGAGAGAGGAAUAACGUCGUGGGUGAGACAAAACGUGAGUAAAAAGCUGCGCGAUGACUGGGCCGCCUUUGAGUGCUUUGGGAGGGGGUGGGACCCGCUGCUCGUUGAGAAGAGUAAGAACGAUACGUGCUUUCACGUCAGUCUCAAAUAACACCAGAAAAAGUCGCUAGUCGCUUUUUUGAAAAUGUGUAGCUAGAGGGGUCUGAAUACUCGCUAAAUAUAGCGACAAAGUCGCUAAAUUGGCAACACUGCUGAACACCUGUGUGUAAGCAUAACUGGGGAGGAAGUGUAGCUUGUAAGCUGGAGGCACACAGGGUAUGGAUCUGUGCAACACUGCUACAGUAAAUGAUUAUUUCUAGCUGAUAUGAAAGAUAAAGGGCAUAUGUUUUGAAAACCGUUUUGCAAGCAAUGGUUGACGUUUCUAAACGUUCAAACACAGCCUCAGAAUUGUAGUUUACAUGCAGCCAACCGUGGGCGAUGAGAACUACUGAAACUGCUACGGAUAAUAAGGGUUUUCAAGAGCUAGGGAACCCAAACGUAGUACAUGUAAUUGAGCUAGAAAAUCACAUAACUAGGCUAUCACUUCUACUUCUGGAUCCAUUAAAUAUUAGCUGACAAUCAUGUGACCAACCUGUGCUUGCUCACAAAACGUAUGUUGAAUUAAACAAACAUUGUCCAUGUGCACCUGCACCAGCUGUGACAUCAAUUAUCUCAUAACAGUUCUCUGUCUAUCUUUCCAGGAAACACACCUCUUCACUUAGCUGUGAUGAUGGGCCACAAAGGUAAGGGCUUUGACUUUUGUAAUCAAGAAUAUCUGAUAUGGAGAAUAACAGAUACAUAGGCCUACUUGAACGGGACAGAGACAUGCAAACAGCGUUGUUUCCCAUUGGGAGCAGAAUGACCAGUACAUCUGUACUACUUUUCUCUAAACAUCACAUAGCACCAGAGUUUGACAGGAUGGUUUGCCUCAUAUUCUCAUCUCUGGCCUAAACCUAAGCCCAGCCAGGGGUUUUGCCAUUCACAUAACAUAAUCACCAUGUUUUCUAGCUCUCCUCUAAUAAGUCCUCCAUGUGGCUUUUUUUCUGGGAUAAGUCCCCUUUCUGUCCUGCUGUACUGAGCUUAUCCUGGCUGACCUCUGCAGACUGCAGUGUGUUACAUAGUCUAGUAGUCUCAUGGCAGUGGCUGUCCCAUGGGUGGGACAGGUCCACAUGAUCCCCUAAUCCCAUUGAUUAGUCUGACUCAAAUGCAAAGCAGCAUCUCUCUUAUGUGAAGGUCAUACACAGUAAAUUAACUGUCAAAAUGUAAUAUACUGGUAACAUGGAUGGAUGGUAAUGAGAAUUCACUGUCCAAGUACAAAGACCAUGGAGACAGGUAGUAGGCUUGAAAACAAAAACAAUUCAUCUAAAAGCAGCUUGAUGUUUGUUAAAUUCUGUUUGUGUGUUUUUUGUUGUUGUGCUAUAGAGUGUGCCCUCCUGCUCCUGGCCCAUAAUGCCCCUGUGAAGGUGAAGAAUGCACAGGGCUGGAGCCCCCUGGCAGAGGCCAUCAGCUAUGGAGACCGACAGAUGAGUAAGGAUAUGGGGUAUUUUAUAUCCUUUUUUAUACACGGUACCGGAAGGCUAUUAUUUUAUAUUAUAUAUAAUGUAUCAUUGAACAGUCAUGUUCCGUCCCUGAGUUUUCUUUACAUAGAUUUGAGUUUAUCCUGUAUUUGAGUACACAUUUACACUCAGGUUCUCUCAUGUCAUGGUCCUCCCUCUAUUUGUACUGUAUUUGUUUGUCUCUGUCCUAAUUGGAUCCUUCCUGGGCUGUCCGGCUGUAGACUAACUCUGAUUGCUCUCUGAUGCUGAUGAGAGGUUGGGUUGUAGGUUGUCCCAGCCAGCCAAAGCCAUGCAGGGGAUUUUCUCUGAGCGCUCUAUCCACAUCCAUACGGAACCCAGCCUGGCCCAGGGCUUAGUAUGACUGCGAGGGCACUGAGCAGCUUUACAGCUGGCUGGCUUCCUCUCUCUGUUCACAUUUAAUGCCCCAUCCUAAUGCUUUUAACACUGAACACUAGAGGCCUCAAUAUAUGUUUUAUGUGUAUUGAUUAUUUGAAUGUUUGUUAGGAAUGCCAGUUGUGGAGUGUCCUUUUUGAAAUGGUGGGAGUAGUGUAGAGGAUUGAAUCAAAUGCCAUGUUUUCCCCAUUGGCUUUACUAGCUUGCUCUGUUUUUUUCCUGUUUUAAUGCCUUGUUAGCAAAGAAAUCAUAAGCUGCAUAAAUUAAAAUAAUAUUAUAAAUAGGCUAGUUCAUCAAAAAUUCCAUGCAAGUAAUUGUUACGUUAGGCAAAUCAAUUUACUCAAAAAAUACCCAAAGAUACUGAUAAUGUAUACUGAACAAAAAUAUAAACGCAAUAUGCAACAAUUUCAAAGAUUUUACGGAAUUACAGUUCAUGUAAGGAAAUCGGUAAAUUUAAAUAAAUAAAUUAUGCCCUAAUCUAUGGAUUUCACAUGACAGGGCAGGGGCGCAUCCAUGGGAGGGCAUAGACACUGGGGAGCCAGGCCCAGCCAAUCAGAAUGAGUUUUUCCCCACAAAAGGGCUUUAUUACAGACAUAUACUCCUCAGUUUUAUCAGCUGUCCAGGUGGCUGUUCUCACACGAUCCCGCAGGUGAAGAAGCCGGAUGUGGUGGUCCUGGGCUGGCGUGGUUACACGUGGUCUGCGCGUAUUGCCAUAUUCUCUAAAACAACAUUGGAGGCGGCUUAUGGUAGAGAAAUUAACAUUCAAUUCUCUGGCAUCAGCGCAAUCCAGCAGUCAGCAUGCCAAUUGCACGCUCCCUCAACUUGAGACAUCUGUGGCAUUGUGUUGUAUGAGAAACUGCACAUUUUAGAGUGGCAUUUUAUUGUCCCCAGCACAAGGUGUACCUGUGUAAUGAUCAUGCUGUUUAAUCAGCUUCUUGAUAUACCACACCUGUCAGGUGGAUGGAUGGAUUAUCUUGGCAAAGGAUAAAUGCUCAUUAACAUGGAUGUAAACUAAUUUGUGCACACAAUUUGAGAGAAAUACUUUUUUUUGCAUAUGGAACAUUUCUGGGAUCUUGUAUUUCAGCUCACGAAACAUGGGACCAACACUUUACAUGUUUUAUAUUUUUGUUCAGUAUACAAAUCUUUAUUUCCCACCUAUUAAAUUCCCUGUUAUAUGUUGAGCGGGUUAGCGCUAUGACCCUGUCACCCCAGCAUGUAUUAGUAUGCGGCUCCAGUCCAGCAGUAGGGAUGAUUUGGCAGACUGGGGACACAGAGGUCAGGCAUGGGAAGGUCAGAUCGCGGUGUGGGGGCAGGGAUCGGAGGAAAGGACAGCAUGGCUCCAGCCACACAGUACAGCAAGGACACGCAAAGGCAGCCAAACUCUGGCCAGUGACUGGGGCAGUACUAGUAGUGGUAAAAUAAAAAUAAUGCAGUGGUUCCCAACUCCAGUCCUAGAGUGCCCCCAACAGUACACAUUUUUAUUGUAGCCCCGGACAAGCACACCUGAUUCUACUUGUCAACUAAUCACCAGGCCCUCAACCAGUUGAAUCUGGUGUUUUUUGUCUGGGGCUACAACAAAAAUGUGUGCUGUUGGGGGUACUGGAGGACUGGAGUUGGGAACCACUGUACUAGGGCUUAUUAUUGAGAGAGGGAGAGAAAGAAAGUAAUCUUGUAUAGAUGGAGCCUAUUGAUUUUUCCUAUUUCAAUUGCAUAAGAUCAAAUAAUGUCAUAGUAACUAGGCUUUCAUCUCUCUCACACACACGCCCUGCGACAGCAGCUCACUCUAGAUGUCCAUAUCCACCGUGCAACACUGCUCUGCCCCUGCAGCGAGCGCUUGCUUUGUCAGCACUUCCUCACACUCAAAAUCCCCAUUCUAAUGUUUCUCACUGGUCAAGAUUACUGGAUAGAAGAUAGAGCUAUCACCCCAAUUAUAAUUCAUUGCAAGAUAGCACACAUUUAGCAAUCCAUCCAAAAACUCUUAAGGCCUGAGUGGGGUUAUAUAACUGAGGUUCAGCCUGUAUUAAAUUGCAUAUUAGAACGAGUAUGCGCAGCCUCCCCUGAAUACUCUGCUGCACCAAGAAUCCACGGCCCGGAUUGCUGGCUGCAUCAGUGUUGAGCAUUCAUGUCAUGUAACAGUCACACACGGGUGUUUCAUGAGUACAUGCAGUGACGUGACACGCUUUAGAGUGAAGAUCUGAGGUCACCUUAACUCUCACUUACACUGUCAGAGUAGUAUCAGCCUAAACCCCAUCGGAUUACUGUUACAGUAUAUCACUUGGUUGACUGAUUUAUCGCUCAUUGACUGGCUGGGUAUCUCUCCUCUCCCUUUUCUUCUCUGGCUCAUGACUUUCACUGUUAUUGAAGUGUGGGUUUGCAAAGCUCGUUUUUCACUUUUAGGUUUACUGCAUAUUGCUUUUUUACAAGAUCAUCUGCCCUUGGAAUCCCUUCUGCUGUGUAUGGAGAAACGUACACACGUAGAAUAUCUAGGGCUAUAGAAUAUAUUCGCUGUUUUGUGUGGUGUAGUGCCUUGCUAAGGCUUUGUUUUAAACUCCCUCCUCUCCCCUCCUCAGUUACGGCUCUACUGCGGAAGUUGAAACAGCAGUCCAGAGAGAGUGUGGAGGACAAGAGGCCCAAGCUGCUGAGAGCACUGAAAGAGGUGAGGUUCUGACAGCCAACUAGACUAGGGACUACUACAGUGUCUGGUUAGAAAUAGGAUCUGUGCACUCUAUACAUAUGUCAAAUACUUGAGCUGCGCUUGAUUUAGUUUGCCUGGUACAGUGGAAUAAAUUGAAUAGUCCCAAAUGUAUUUGGACGGAUUUGAUAUGCAUUUGACCCAGGUCUGGUCCACUCCAUAACAAGUUUCAGUUUACAACCACUAUCUUGCUAUACCUUUACCCCUUCUCUCAAACAUCAGCAUCUGUCCAAUGUAACAGCCCCUACCUCUCACCAAAACACACUCUUUCCCUAAUUAAAAUGGUCUAACAAGUUAUGCCUCCAGCUAUAAAGAAAAAGUAUUGAUGGAUUUAGUUUGGUGUUAUGUGGCUUGCAUGACAAGAUGAUAAUGUGUCACGUUUUGUUUCUUCAUAGCUUGGUGACUUCUACUUGGAGCUUCACUGGGACUUUCAAAGUUGGGGUGAGUCGACUCUACAUCAUAUGCAAUACAUUAAAAUAACAAGCUACAACGAUGAGCCAACAUCUCCUUUCACACGCUCUGUCUCCAUUCAUUGUUAUUCUUAGUGGAGGACACCUUAGCCAAGUAGUUUCAUUCUCCAAUAUAAUUAGUGUUCUGUUCCCAUUCUAUCCUGGCUGUGAGUGUGAUGUGUUAAUUGCUUAGUGGGUUUGGGGCUCUCUGUCUCUCAGCUCAGGGAUUCAGGGCCUAGCCACGGCCGUGUUCAUUUAUAUACCACAUAAUGAUACCACGUAUUAUCUCUGCAGUUUCUUAGUUCAUCUUAUUCAUCAACUGUGGAUCAUUACAUUGUUAUAUUUUCCUGUCUCAUAGUGCCCUUGCUCUCCCGGAUUCUGCCAUCUGAUAACUGCAAGAUCUACAAGCAGGGGAUCAACAUCAGGUAAGGCAUCAAAUACACGUCUGACACAGACACCAGCUAUACUCCUCACAGGUUGUGAGGAGUAUAGCUGGCGUCUGCAACCACUCACCUUCCGAGUUAACUCAUUACACACUUUCUCUCCUCUGACAGACUGGACACCACUCUGGUAGACUUCACGGAUAUGAAGUGUCAGAGAGGAGACCUCAACUUCAUCUUCAACGGAGACGCUCCGCCCGCUAAGUCCUUUUAUGUUCUGGACAAUGAGCAGAAGGUGUACCAGCGUAUACAUCACGAGGUGAGCUAUCUGGUUUACAUUUAACAUCAUCACCAUCCUCCAAGCCAACCGCUCUUACAUAAAUGCUUUUAUUGCAAAUGCUUGUAUUGACUGAAAGCUCUGCCAUUGUCACAGUAAAAUAAACAUUUGCAUAGAUUCUAUAUUGUGCAGAAGUCAUGUCACCAUCCAGCAUGAUAAUAUCUGACUGACUGUUGUUGUGUCCCUGCAGGAGUCUGAGAUGGAGACUGAGGAAGAGGUGGACAUCCUGAUGAGCAGUGACGUCUAUUCUGCCACCCUGUCCACCAAGUCCAUCACCUUCUCCCGCAGUCAGAUCGGCUGGCUCUUCAGAGAGGACAAGACAGUAAGCACCCCACCCUGUCCUGGGUGCUGUUCAGUAGGGACAAAAUGUGUUGAAAUGGGGUUCUACCUGGAGUUGUCCAAUAAGAGCACAGAUUUGUUUUACCGGUUGCAAAACAUUUUCCCAUGGUGUGUCCUACUGAACACGACCCUGUUGUCAAAUUAGGCCAGUCACUGGAAUAUAAAGCAAAUAAUACAAUGGGUCUCUGAUCAUAAUCUGUGCACUGUAUUGGGAAUAGGGUGUCAUAACUCAGCCACCAGUGUUUAUUAUACGUCUGGCUUGUGUCUGUCCCUGAAGGAGAGGGUUGGUAACUUCCUGGCAGACUUUUACUCUGUGAACGGCCUGGUGCUGGAGUCCAGGAAGCGCCGCGAGCACCUGAGUGAGGAGGACAUCCUGAGGAACAAGGCAGUCAUGGAGAGCUUGAGCAAGGGAGGCAACCUGGUGGAGCAGAACUAUGAGGUGAGGAAUGGAAGGGAGGGAGGGACUAGGAUGGAGGGAGGCUUUGGGUCUUUAGUCUCUUCUUCAGUGGUGGGUGUGGUGCACAUUAUAUGGAUAUAAAAGUAAGCCUACAUGUGAUCAUCUCCCUCUCUGUCUUUCCCUCAGCCUCAGAGAAGGCUGUCCCUCUUGGCUCCAGAUCCCAACACUAUCUCCUGGGAGGAGUACAUCUCUGCAGAGCACGGAAAGUAAGCCCUGCUUUAUUCCUUUUAGGAAAGGUCACAGAUGACACUACUAUCCUGAUGAAUUUCAAGCCACUGUGUUUAUUAUUGAGUUAUUGACAUGUCAGUGCAUUGAAGCUCAUUACUAGCAGUGGCUUACUCUUAACCCUCCAAACGUAUACGCCAAUGAUGCUGACUUAGCCCGUGUGUGUUCAUCCCCAGGGCACCUCAUCUUGGGAGAGAGCUUGUGUGUAAGGAGAGCAAGAAGAACUUCAAAGCGACCGUAGCCAUGAGCCAGGAUUUCCCUCUGGGCAUUGAGUCGUGAGUAGAAUCCCUCCUCUUAUUGGCUAAUAGUCUCUCGUCAGUCUCAUCACUGACUGCAGUGCUAUUGGAAACGUCCAUGUAUUGAUCAUUGUUGUGCACACAGGUUCUAAUUAAAUGUACAUUAGGCUGUUGCAGAUUCGUGUCUAGCUAAUGCUUUUCAAAGGCCUCUUGAUUUUUUUUUGUAUUACUUAUUGGUUUUAUUGUUUAAAUGGUACCUCAUCAAAUAAUGUACUGUAAGAACAUUUUUGAUUUACCCUGACCCUAAUGAUUUAGCACUGACCCUUUUUUUUUUCGGUCUUCUUCCAGGUUACUGAAUGUGUUGGAGGUCAUAGCCCCAUUUAAGCACUUCAACAAACUCCGAGAAUUCGUUCAAAUGAAGCUUCCUCCUGGGUUCCCAGUCAAGCUUGGUAUGCAUCUACUGUACAUUGUGUGGCCACAUGGCAAUUUUAUUUUUAAGUUAAAAAUAAAGUGAAAUAUUGUGAAAUAAUGAAGAAACUGACAAAUAUUAAACGCUCUAAAUAACCCCUCCUAUUUCUGUGUUCCAGACAUCCCUGUGUUCCCCACUAUCACAGCAACGGUCACCUUCCAGGAGUUCCGCUACGAAGACUUUGACGAGUCCAUCUUCUCCAUCCCAGCGGAAUACAAGGAGGAUCCCAGCCGCUUCCCUGACCUCUGACCUGGUUGUCGUAGCAACCAGAGGUGCCCCGGCAACGCACACUCGGAAACUGACAGAGAAACGAACUCUACCUACCUACACUAUUAAAAGGAAAAUAACCAACUAAAGACAGUUGAGAUUAAAUAAGAGGAUGCCAUCUUAUUAUUUGAUGUCUGUCUGUGUGUUCUGAUGAAAAAAGGGAAUUGUCUCUUGGCCCUGAGUUUGUUCCUUUUGUAGAUAUUUCCUUUAUAGCCAACAAGAAUCAUAGUGCACCACAACAAUUUUCAGAUGUGUAGCAACAACAGCACAAGGUCAAACUCCAGAAGAGAAGAAUUGAUGAGAUAUAGAAAAAUAUUUUAUGUCAUCUCCGUAACAGCUUAUUGUUCACCAACUCCGUGAUCACUGCAAACCAGCUCCUGUGAAACGUUAUGGAGUUGGCUUCAUCUGUGACGUCUUCAGCGUGCACUUCUCCAGGUUUAGCACUCACUGCACCCAGUUUAUCUAGCGUCUGCCCUUUGGGGAUUGCCCUUUUCUCAACAUGUUUAAGUACCCUUGGAAGAAGUGCACUGACAUUCAUUGCCUGUAAAUGACUAUGGUAUAAAUGAAGUGUUAGAAAUAUAAAGAUGUCAUAACUGAACUGAGAAAAUAAUGUACCAAAUGUACAAUAUAUAUAGUCAAAGGAGCAACACUGUGUAGCAAUACAUUUCCAGUACAUAAGAAUGUUUUUUUAAACCUGCUGGGAGAAAGUAUGGUGUAAAACUGCAUUCUUACAAAGAUAUCAACGCCCAAGCCUUUUCUCUCUAGUGCAGGAUGCAAACUCCUGUAUUUUCAGGUUAGCUCAUCUAUCUUACCUCCUGGCUAUCACUGUCUGUUUCAAGUGAUAGUAUGAAUUUAAUCUGUUUUGUGUGCGAGAGAGGACUUUAAAGGGUUGUUGGUGUGUGUGUGUGUG